AUGAAACUAAUCUCAGUCAUCUUUCUCAUUCUCUUUCUUUCCACAUACACAGUCCACGGUUUAGCGGAUCCUCUCUUUGUCCAAGCCAUUGACGCAGCAACUUUCAAAUAUAUUAGAACUACAGAGUGGGCAAACACAUUAGCAAAGGCCUUUCUCCCAACUUUAUUGCCAGACUGUUCAAGUGAGCCAACCUUUCCAUCUUACUUUGCUUUUAACAAAUCUGUUAUCAAUUAUUGUUAUGACAAGGAGGCAGGAGAACCUUGGGUGACCUAUCACUUGUCAGCCUCAAAGAUGUUGACUAGUACUUUGAAUGAACAAUACAAGUUAAAUCUGACCUAUGUGAUUACUACCUAUGAUACAUCUACAGGAUAUUUCUCAUCAUUGAAUGAAAGAGUUCAAAGUGGAGAAUGUGAUGUUGCUAUUGCUGCCACUAAUCAUAACGCUGACAGAGCUAAAGUUGUUCAUUUCCAAUGUCCAUAUGGAAUGGGUUCAAAGAGUUUCUUGAGAAAUACCUAUCAAAAUGAUACAACGAUUACUGAUGUGUCGCAAUUAGACACUACCAAGUAUACUGUAGUUGUUCCAACAGGUACAACCUAUGAAGCUUGGUUAUUAGCCAAUUUUAAGAAUGCAAGAAUUGUUAAAAUUCCAGGAUAUGAUGAAGGAUGGGACAUGAUUUUGAAUAAUACUGCACAUGCCUUUUUUGGUGAUUUCUUUGAUACUACUAGAUGGUUAGGUCAACAUAAGGCCAACUGUAGUGGAUGUUAUAUUAAAAUGUUUGGAGAUGUGCAAAAUUUUGGAACCUUUACUCAAAUACCAGCUGUCAGUUUUGCAGUUCAACAAAUUUGGAAUGCAAUGUUGAUUAGUGUCAUGAUGUUACUCAUUUCAAUUUUACAUUAAAAUUUUAUUCAUUCAUUCU